GACGAGCGCGAGAAUUUUGUGGCUGACGCCGUCUCGUCGCUCAACUCCCUGUACUCCUCCGCUGGCUCAGGGUACUCGACCUACGAGUUCCCCAGCCGCCACAAGUCCGGCGAGCCGGUCUCCGCCUUCAACGACGCGGUCUUCGGGAACGUCGGCCGUGCUGUCAGUGCCUUUCUCCCUCGGCCUGACGAACGACAGCUUUGUCCAGGAGGAGCCUUGUGUGAGCUCCUCAAGUGCAAGGAUAUCUACGACACGGACCAGGACACGACGGUGGCGCCUUUCGACCCGGAGAAGCUCCGCGUGCUCAAAGGUGACCUCCGCCCUCAACCCAUGGAGCGCCUCGUCGGGCCGACCGCCCGGCGCAAACUCCUGGACCCUCAACGUCGCAUCUUUCGGCCGCAGGCGGAGAAGCGGAAGCUGGCGCCGCAGAUGGCCAGGCGGCUGGCGGGGCACCUCGUUGACCUGCUGGCGAUCCGACGCGAGUUCCUGUCCGCUUUGUGCCACCUGUACCGAUUCAUCGGGGACGGGACUGGGCCGCCGCGGGCCUUGCCAGGCCCUCUUCUGGUCGAGCUCCGCAUCAUCAAGGGCCUGCUGCCGCUGGUCGUCCAGAACUUCUCCAAGCCCCCCUUCUGGGUCGGCUGGCGAGAGCGCUGGCGAUUUGUCGACCCGACGCCCGAGCCGACGCAGGACUUCCCGCUGGCGGCCCCUGCGGCGCCCCCUCCGGUGGCGCCGGACUUCAUGGCCUGGUUUGAGUCUGAGGUCGGCGAGGACGACAAGUCGCAGCACGCCAAGCUGGCACUGGCGACGCCCACGAAGCUGUCUGCUGCGGUGCCGCGGACGUGGACCGCGCUGGAGCGGGAGCCGCCGCCGGAGCCGUGCGACGCGCGGGCGCUGGCGCCGGCCUGCCCGGGCCUCAGGCUCGGCCGCGGCCCGACGCCCGGGCUCGUCCACGGACUCAGGAUCGCGGCGGACACCGAGGACGGGAUCGAGUUCGGGAUGAUCCACGACCCGAUCGCCAACCUGGCGGCCCCGGCGGGCGUCGCGGUGCUCGAGCUUUUCGCGGGCUGCGCCUUCUUGUCGAGCGGGGUGCGGGCUGCCGGCAUGCGCAUCGGGGUCCCGUGCGAGCUCGACCACGGCUCCCACUUCGACCUCACGCGGCCCCGUGUUCAGGCCGAGGUCCUUCGCUGGCUACGGGAUGGGCGAGUCUGGCUGGCGUUCUUUGGCACCCCGUGCGGGCGCUGGUCUCAGGCGCGCAGCGCCGGGCGAGCGGGGACAGAGGUCGACCGAGCGGGUUACGCCUGCGCUCGCUUCACCGUCAGGGUGCUCCGACUCUGCCGCCAGCUGGGGAUCUACGUGGCCCUGGAGAAUCCGCGGCGGAGCGGUUUGUGGGACUGGCCGCCCCUGGCAGCGGAGCUUCGGCGCAGCGGCUGCGCCCACUUCGACUUCGACAUGUGCGCAUUCGAUGCCGCCUGGUGGCGGACCUCCUACGGGGGCGCGUACCCGCCGAAGCUCUGCCGGACCUUCGCGAGGGUGGCUGCUGGCGCUGCUCCUGCUGGCGCGUGGUGCCUCCGCGGCGAGGGGCAGACCUCCGACUGGUGGGAGGACCGGCUGCUGGACGCCGCCGGGCUUGCGGGCGCCGGCCGCUCGCAGAGGAGCUCCGCAUCCUCGCCGAGAUCCGCGCCUAUAAUCGCGCCCAUGACCCGCAAGCGGCGGCGCGCCAGCAGCGUGGUCGACUCGGCCCCCGGCUUCCUGCGACGGGCCACCGUCUCGGCCAGGACCCGCGACACCUACGCCAAGGCCUUCGCGCUGGUGCAGCGGUUCGCGGCCGGGCGGGGGGCCUCACCGCAGACCAUGAAGGAGUGGGGCGCCAUCCUCCACGACUACCUUGAGAUGGAGUUCUUGGAGGGGGCCUCGGCGGCUGUCGGACGCGUCGCUCUCUACGGCACGGCCUGGUCUCUCGACUUCGUCACCCGCAAUCCGUCAGUGCUGCCCCUCUCGAAGAAGGCCCUCAAAUGCUUCGCCAGCAUCCGCCCCGACACCAUGCGCGACCCGCCGCCGCUGGAGGCGAUCUGGUGCCUGGUGGGGCGGCUGCAGCUGGCCAACACCGUAGACUGCGACCUCGCCUCGGCCUUUUGCCUCCUCGCCUUCGACGCCUACCUCAGGCCUUCGGAGGCCCUCGAGUUGACUGCCGCCCAGGUUAUCCCGCCGAAGCGUGGCACGGCCAACCGCUCGUGGGCUCUUGUCGUGGCGCCAGAAGGAGGCAAGCCUGCCAAGAAUAAGCAGUUCGACCAGGGGGUGAAGAUCGGAGCCUUCGGGCGAUCGUUUGCAGUCGACGUGCUCCAGAAGAUGUACCACCGCGUGCUGCCAGGCACGCUGCUGUUUCGUCACCUCACGCUCGCCGAGCUCGAGGCCAUCUUCCGGAAGUAUGGUGAUGUCGACGGCGUCAAGAUCACACCCCACUGCCUGCGUCACGCAGGCCCCUCCCACGACAUGCACUACAACGGCGCCUCGCUCGACUUCGUGAUGAUGCGAGGCCGCUGGUCAGUGGUCAACCCCGUGCGCAGGUACGGCAAGCCGGCCAAGCUCCUGCGCCAGUUGGCAAAGCUGGAGCGCUCGACGGUCCUCGAGGCGCCGAGCCGCGCCGCCCGGCUCCCAGGGGAGGUGUCCAUCGACUUCUACGCGGCGGCGGCUUUCUUCUCGGACCACGCGUGGGCCGCCGCCCAAGGACCGGAGGAAGGAGAGGUGGAGCUUGCACGCCAUGUGCUGCGGCACCUGAUCAGUCCAAUGUCUCACGAGGUGCUCCGCUUGCAGGCGGACUCGCCGCCAGGCUUCGCUGGGCUGGAGGGCGCCCCGCUCGCGAUGGGGCCGUUCCCCACUCUCGCUGACGUGGAGGCUGGUGCUCGCGUGCCCCCGUCAAAUUCCAUGAUCGCCAUCGCUCCGACAUAUGGGGUUCACCUGUCAGGAGGUGCCAACUCGCAGUGGACUUUCAUCGAGAAGCACGUUUCGCACCCUCUGGUGCGCACUUCCUUUCUGCCGCCGAUGCACGCGUGGGACCCGCACACGGGCUCCGACAUUCAGAGCGUGGCUCCGCCCCCAGGCUUCGCCGGCUUGGAAGCUGGCGCACGGGUGCCGCCUUUGGUCGACUCCCGCGCGUCCGAUGCAGCGGGUGGGGGUCCGUGGCUUAGCGGCGAGCGUCUGCCGUGCACCGGGUCGUCGCCACUGCCGUUUUGGCGCCCCACGGCCGCCGUCGGUGACCGCGCGGCUGGCGGAGCCGCCGUGAGUGCGGAGUCGCCUCCUGUCGGUGGUGGCUCGCCUUCCCACGUCGGGCGGGUUGGGCCGCCGCCGGGCCUCGCCGACCCACAGGCGGGAGUUCAUACGCACCCGUCUCUCCACCCUAGCAAUGUUCGCCCGGCCUCUUUGACUGCACAACCGAACCUGGAGUCCGCCGCCGUGGCGCCGCCGUCGACGCACGUCUGCGCGACCGCUGCCUUGGUUGGGACUCCGGCGCUUGUCAGCAGUAUUCACCUGGUCGCUACGCCAGGGUGCCGCACCGACGCCCAUAGCGUCGCGCCGCGCGCCAGCUCUGCGCCUGCCCUGCUGGCCGGGCGCUCGCAGGGCGCAGCGGUUAUGCUGCGUGCUACCCGCGAGCGGGCUGCCAUUGCGGCCACCGCCGGGGCGGCACAACCCAGAGCCGUGCUUCCGUGGGGCCACAGCGCAGCACGCAGCGAGGUGAAGGAGAUGGAGGCGUCGGUGAGGAAGGACGCGAAGUCCCAGGGCCUCUUCCUAGGCCUGAUGGCCCGCUACAUCGAGGACGAAGGCUUCGGCUUCGUCCACUGCCCGGAGUGCAAGGAUGUGUGGGACAAGACCGACAUGUUCCUCAGCGGCAGGACCUUCGUGUCCUCUGGCGUCGACGUGGGCGACAUGAUCACCUUCGAGGUGGAGAAGGACGGCAAGGAUCUGCCUCGCGCGACCAACCCCAAGUGCUUGAAAGAGCUGACCGCCGCGCGAAAGAAGUUCCCGGGGCCGACGGCAG